AUGCGUAUCCCAGCUGUGCUUGGGCUACUCUCCACCCUCUCGUUGGUCUUUGCCUCUGACCAUAUUCCCAGCCAUCGAUACCAUGAUGUACAUAAGCGGGUUGUUAAUGGAUCCGCCACAACAACAAAUGGCACCACACAGUAUGACUAUGUGGUAGUGGGCUCUGGCCCUGGAGGUGGCCCCCUCGCAGCACGGCUGGCUCUUGCUGGAUUCAAGGUCCUCCUCCUGGAUGCGGGAGAUGAUCAAGGAAAUGCUACCAGGCAGAUUGUGCCCGCUCUUCAGCUUCAGUCUACUGAAUAUGAGCCGAUGAGAUGGGAUUACUUCGUCAACCACUACUCGAACUUGACACGCCAGGAAGAGGACUCCAAGAUGACUUAUCGCACCCCAUCCGGUGAUCUUCAUGUCGGUGCCAAUGCGCCUAAUGGGUCAGAUCCAUUAGGCAUUCUGUACCCUCGUGCUGGUACCUUGGGUGGUUGCUCUGCUCAUAAUGCCAUGAUCACAAUCUACCCAUACGAUAAUGACUGGGAGAACCUCGCAGCUCUGACCGGCAACGAGUCAUGGUCCGCCUCCAACAUGCGAGGAUACUUUGAGAAGUUGGAGCGUAACAGAUACCUGCCAAGCAGCCUUGUUGGCCAUGGCUUUGACGGAUGGCUCACAACAAGUUUGACAGAUCUGCGCCUUGUCAUCGAGGACCAAAAACUUUUGUCAUUAAUUCUGGCUGGCGCAACUGCUGCAGGCACAAGUCUUCUGGGCAAAAUCAUUGAUACAGUUACGGGCCUAGCUGGAGUUCUACUACGCGAUAUGAACAAUGACAGUCCUCUGCACGAUUACCAGACUGGUCCAUUCCAGGUCCCACUCGCCGUCGAUGUACCCGAAUACAAGCGAACUGGUCCUCGCGACUUCCUCUUGUCGACUGUGAAUGCUGUCAAUGAUGACGGCUCCCGCAAAUACCACCUUGAUAUCCAGCUGAACACGCUUGUCACAAAAGUCACGUUCGAUAACACCGGAAGCAAGCCCCGAGCUACGGGAGUGGAAUACCUCGAGGGGCAAAGCCUCUACCGUGCUGAUCCUCGCGCUUCAAUGACUUCUGCUGGUGGUACCCCCGGCAGCGUGACUGCUGCCCGUGAAGUCAUCCUGUCAGCAGGCUCAUUCAACACUCCCCAGCUGCUGAAGCUGAGCGGAAUCGGCCCCAAGGCCGAGCUGGCCGAAUUCGGAAUCAAAACCCUCGUCGACCUGCCAGGUGUGGGCACUAACCUCCAAGAUCGCUACGAGACGGGCACGAUCGGCAAGUCCCCGACCGACUUCGUGCUCACGGAGAAAUGCACUUUCAUGUACACCCUUCCCGACCCUUGCCUGGACCAGUAUAACAAUGAUCCCCUGUGGAAGGGCACCUACACCACCAACGGCAUUGCCAUUGCGAUCAUCCGCCAAUCCUCCGUCGCUGACGACGAGCCCGAUCUUUUCAUCUCCGGCGCGCCCGUCAACUUCCCCGGCUACUACCCCAACUACGCCUACGAGGGUCUCGAGGAUGCCCAGCACUGGACUUGGAUCACCUUGAAAGCCCGCAGCCGCAACAACGCCGGCACCGUGCAGCUGCGCUCGAUCGAUCCCCGCGAUACCCCCCUCAUCAACUUCAACUCGUUUGACACCGGUGUGACGGCAGACGGUGCUGAUGACAAGGAUCUUCAGGCCGUGUAUGAGGCCAUGGAGUUCUCUCGCACCAUCUUUGAGGAUCUCAUCCCGCUUGAUGGUGGCUUCGAAGAAGUCUGGCCUGGUCCCAAUGUUACCACUGAGGCUGAGCUGAAGGACUUCAUUAAGCGCGAGGCUUGGGGACACCAUGCUUGCUGUACUGCGGCUAUUGGAGAGGAUGGCGAUCCGCAAGCUGUUUUGGAUGCGGACUUCCGGGUUCGUGGUGUUGAUGGGUUGCGUGUUGUUGACGCGUCUAUCUUCCCCAAGAUUCCGGGUUACUACAUUGCCUUGCCUAUUUAUAUCGUUAGUGAGAAGGCUGCGGAUGUUAUUAUUGCUGAUGCUAUGUAG